UAGUGAGUCGGAUCCGGCUCGUCUGUAGCACACUUUUGUGCUACAUGAUAUGUAGCACAACUUAGGUGAUCGACACAUGGAAAUUUUGAAUUCAACGGUGACGAUAUCCGAGGGAAGAGGGAAACGUCUAUACAUGUGCUGCACGAUUUCUUCUCUCUGCUUUAUGCUCCGCCGGCGAUUUCUCAGGUCUGGAUUACUUCAGAAUCCCAUCUUGUGCUCGUGACAUCUUCUUUCUUCGAGCCCGUUCCUGCGACUGCCUUUGCUUUGCAGUAUCAACUCCCUCCUUCCCCUUGUUCUGUUCUUUGAGCUGUCUCAGAAGCAUCCGAUCCCUCCUCAUCCUCCUCAUCCUCCUCAUCCUCCUCUCUAGCUCAUCAACAUCCAUCUCUUCAUCACUAUAAUCCUCUUCAAUAGUGGCAUCUGGUUCACCUUCAGGGGCUAGAUCUCCCUCUCUUGAUGGAGCAGACAUGAAAUCAGGAUUUGCACAGAAUCCCAUUUCUUCAAAGAUUCCCAUCAUCAUUGAUCUACAGUCAAACAACAAAUCCAAGCUUUUUACGGAAAACUCAGUUAAACCCACUUCAAGUUCUGCUACUUCACGUCUCUCCCUCUUUGAUUGCAGGGCCUAACUAAAAGAUGAAACAUGUAAUUGCUCUCAAGAAGGAUCACGAAGAAGAAUCAAAUGGAUUCCAUCCAUUAGAUCAACAAGUAGCCGUCAGAUGUUGCUCUAUAGCAACAUUAACCAGUGACGACGCAACCCAGAAUCUUCGGUGAAUUUUACGAUAAAUCCGUGUAAAAAGAAAGACACUAUGAAAAAUUUUGACUGACCUCCAGCGACUUGGGUAUCAGAAGAAUGAAUUCCGAAACUAAAUACCAUCUCAAAUAGGAGGAACAGACUAACGCCAUACCAGGCAUCGUCGGAGGGGAAGCGGUAAUCCAGACCGGAGAUAUCUCCGGUGGAGCAGAAAGCAGAUGGAAGAAAUAGGUGUAACGCAUGUGUAGAUGUCUCCCUCCUACCUCAGAUAUCGUCACCGUUGAAUUCAAAAUUGCCACAUGUCGAUCAUCUGGGUUGUGCUACAAAUCGUGUAGCACAAAGGUGUGCUACAGACGAGCCCAAUCCUAGUGAGUCCGCCCUAGGGCGCUAGAGCUCGUGGGAGUCAGCGGCACAUCUCCGUCAGAAGCGGCUGAACAGCUGCGAGCCGUUAGUUUCCUGGAGAACGGCCCCCUGUCCUUUAUAGUCGUAAAGAGCUUCUCAGAAAAGGAAGGAGGCAUUCGAAAGGCCCUACGAUCAGCUUACUCUCCAUAAAUAGUUCUUCUCGGCAAGCAAACGAAAUAAUCUCCAGCAGACCCUAUUUUCUCAGGGUUCAAAGAAAUUAUCUCUCCAAGGUUGGUGUCAGGCUUCAACGAAAGCAUCUUUCCACUGGGUUAUGCUCGACAGUUGUGACUGAGAAACCCUAGAGAGGAAAACCCCUUCUAUCUUCUUAAUCCACUCCUUCAACACUUGAAUCAUGGCGGGGGGAAAGAUGAGGAAGGAAAAACCUUCCCGAGCUGCAACAAAUUAUCAUCUCCAAGGAGGCAUUCCUUUCCACAAAUCAAAAGGACAGCAUAUCCUCAAGAACCCUUUACUCGUCGACACUAUAGUUCAGAAAGCAGGAAUCAAGAGCACAGAUAUUAUCCUUGAGAUUGGUCCUGGUACUGGUAACCUCACAAAGAAGCUACUCGAUGCUGGUAAGUCGGUGAUCGCUGUUGAAUUGGAUCCUCGUAUGGUUCUCGAGUUGCAGCGUCGAUUUCAAGGACCUUAUUCCAAUCGAUUGAAGGUAAUCCAAGGAGAUGUGCUCAAGUGUGAUCUACCCUACUUUGAUAUCUGUGUGGCAAACAUUCCUUAUCAAAUUUCUUCUCCUCUCACUUUCAAAUUGUUGUCACAUCGACCAGCCUUCAGGUGUGCUGUGAUUAUGUUUCAAAGGGAAUUCGCCAUGAGACUUGUUGCUCAACCUGGAGAUAAUCUCUACUGUCGCCUUUCGGUGAACACGCAACUCCUGGCUCGUGUUUCCCAUCUCCUUAAAGUGGGGAAAAACAACUUUCGUCCCCCACCUAAAGUAGAUUCUUCUGUUGUUAGAAUUGAGCCAAGGAAACCACUUCCCCCAGUGAAUUUCAAGGAGUGGGAUGGAUUAAUCAGGCUUUGUUUCAACCGAAAGAACAAAACCCUAGGUUCAAUUUUCAGGCAGAAGAGUGUUCUCUCUUUGCUGGAAAAGAACUACAAGACCUUACAGGCACUGCAGCUUUCACAGAAAGGGUCUUCAGAGGAUACAGAUAUAGCUAAGGAUAUGUCUGUUUUGGUAGACGCUAAUGAGGACAUGAAUAUGGAGAUGGAGGAUGGGAAAGAGGAUGAGGACAUGGAGAUGGAGGAUGGUGAUGCAGGAAUGGAGGGGUCUGAUUUCAAAGAUAAGGUUUUGGGUAUAUUGAAACAAGGAGGUUUUGAGGAGAAGAGGUCCUCCAAGCUUACACAAGUGGAUUUCCUGUACCUGCUUUCCUUGUUUAACAAGGCAGGCAUUCACUUCUCAUGAGUUGAGGCCAAUGGAGUUUUUCUUUCUCUCAAUUUUGUAGUUAACCAAUUUUGUUUCGUCUGCUUGCCUUGGAUAGCCGGGUAUCUAUAUAUCUCUUCUUUACAAGAGAGAGCUGAGUGUCUAUUGUAUCCCUUCUUUACCAUACAAGAGGAGGGAAGACUUCUAUUCUUGUGGAAUGCAGUUUUGCUAUUUGCGAGUCUCUUCAUCUAAUAA